AUGGCGAAAGUUAAGGCCCACGAGCUGCGCAGCAAGGGCAAGGCGGAGCUGGAGCAGCAGCUCAAGGACCUGAAGAAUGAGCUGGGAGGCCUGCGCGUGGCCAAGGUCACCGGCGGCGCCCCCAACAAGCUCUCCAAGAUCAAGGUUGUGCGCAAGAGCAUUGCUCGCGUGCUGACCGUGAUCAGCCAGAAGCAGCGGGAGGCUCUGAAGGAGGCAUACGCCGGCAAGAAGUACGUGCCGCUGGACCUGCGCGUGCGCAAGACCCGCGCCAUCCGCCGCCGCCUCACCAAGGCCCAGGCCAACGCGACCACUGAGAAGGCAGCUAAGAAGGCCCGCGCCUUCCCGCAGCGCAAGUUUGCGGUGAAGGCAUGA